UUUCUGGUAAAAGAAGCGAACACGAUCCUCUCCGCUGUCGACAUCGGCAGCCGCAUUCCAAGCCCCGUCGCGGGCAUCAACAGUGCCUCUCUUCUGCGUCUGCGGUGGCAAACGACACGGGGCGAGCAGGGUGCGCGAACCUGAGGUUCGUAGGCGUCGCCUUCCGCCCCUCACUGAAGUCGUCGUCAGCAGCUCCCUCCAGUCUCUGCCACGGUAAAUGGCGUGACCUGACUUAGUACAAGCACCUAGGGGUCUCCGGCCUCGUGAAGACGCACUCUCCGAUUUCGUCACGAACCCAGUACGGUAUUGUGCUGACCUGUGCCAUUGUCUAUCCUCGGCGUGUGCUCGUGUGCAGAUUGGACUCCAUGUCGGCGGCGCUCGCGGUGACGGACGAGGUGGCCCUGCCGAUCCGGGCGGUGGGGGAUCUGGCGGCCGCCGCCGAGGUCUCGCGGGAGGAGGUCGCCGUCAUCACCCAGUGCGCGGCGCUCGGUGGGAAGUUGCCUUUUGAAGAUGCAUCAGUUGGUGCGGUUCUUGCAGUCAUUAAAAACGUGGAAAGCUUGAGGGAGCAAUUGGUUGCUGAAAUCAGUCGGGUGCUGAAAGCUGGUGGAAGAGUAUUGGUGCAGAGCCCUGCACCCUCAUCCAGUCAGAAGCCGAACACUGAAAUUGAGCGCAAGUUACUGAUGGGUGGAUUUGCUGAAGUGCAAUCUUCUGCUGCAAACUCGCAAGAUAGCGUGCAAUCUGUUACAGUUAAGGCAAAGAAGGCUAGCUGGAGCAUGGGCUCUUCUUUUCCCCUUAAGAAAACAACAAAAGCCCUUCCCAAGAUUCAAAUUGACGACGACUCUGAUCUGAUUGAUGAAGACAGUCUCUUGACUGAGGAGGACCUGAAGAAACCACAACUUCCAGUUGUUGGGGACUGUGAGGUGGGGGCAGCAAAGAAAGCAUGCAAGAACUGUACUUGUGGCAGGGCUGAGGCCGAAGAGAAGGUUGGGAAGCUGGAGCUCACUGCGGAGCAGAUCAAUAACCCUCAGUCAGCUUGUGGCAGUUGUGGGUUGGGUGAUGCCUUCCGCUGUGGAACCUGUCCCUACAGAGGUCUUCCACCAUUCAAGCCUGGCGAGAAGGUUUCCUUGUCUGGCAACUUCCUUGCUGCUGACAUAUGAUGGCGAUGCAAGUGAACAUCGGCAAAACAAGGAGACGGGGGUUACCUACGUUGUUAGUCGAGUGAACUGCAUUCCAAAUAGCUUCUGUUAGCCAAUGCGAAUGUGCGUGUGAGUGACUUGUCUUUCGGAUGAUAUAUAUAUAAGCUGGCCAAUCGCGCCUCUACACAAACACAAGUGUGCAUCAGUGCAUGUGUUUUCAGAUUGAUUUUGUGAGCCUGGAUGUGAAGAAUGAAUAUCGCUCAACCA